UUCUUGUUUAUUUUUUUAUGAUUACUCAUAUAGUCAAUCCUCACUAUUUAUUUUUUUAAUAUUAUUAUUCCCUUUCUUUUUAUUUGACCUUAUCUUAUUACCAUGGCACAUGAUAUUACAGCACGAUUAGAGUACCUUGGUAUUGUUGAUAAACUGAAAGAAGAAGAACAAACGUUACCUACUCCUGAUAAUGAGCAACAAAUGGACUUCCCUGAAUCUGUAAUGAUGGAAGAAAAAGAACUUCGAAGGAUCUCUUUACCUGCAGAUGCUUAUAAAAGAUCAAAGUUUACUUCCUGGAUUCAAUAUAAUCUUCCUACUCCUCCAAGUAGUCGUACCAAUAGUAACUCAAGUAGUCAUCGUAGAAGUGUCAAAUCAAUUUCAAGUAUCAAAUCAACUUCAAGUGAUCCUUCUUCGCCAAUAUCUUCUUCACCCAUUUCUUCUUCACCUACUUCUUCUUCGCCAACCAAUUCUGAACCAUCCUCCGUACAUAUCUCUUAUGAAACAUCUCCUCCUCAUCAUCCUACUCCUCCACCUCGUUCUUCUUCUUUACAAAUCAAUCCUACAACAACAACAACAACAACAACUGGAUCUCGACUUUUACCUCAACGAUCUACAUCAUCCUCUAGUCGUCAUAAGAAAAAGAAGCGACUACUUCCUUUGGUAUCUCGGAUUCGUUUGUGUCCUACGGAAAGAGCAAGAUUAGCAACAAGUAUAGAACCUCCUGAACCUCCACCACAAUUAUUACUAUCUGCCAUUCAUUGCGAAGAACAAGAAUAUACCAAAAGAAAAUCAGCUUCUCAAAAUGAUAUUGAACAACAACAUGAUGGAGAUAUGACCACUUCUAGCGCCUCAUCAUCUAUAGUCACACCAACAACUCCAACUUCAACUCAAACAUUUUGUUGGUAUGAUACUCAGAAUCCUCUUUCACUUUCAGCAUUCUCCGGUGAUACAUCCAAUCAUUCACCUUUACGACGUAGAUCAAGUUGUCCAUCCAAACCUACAAAAGAUAUCAAUACUCCAGAAUGUGCUAUGAUGCGUUCUUUUGUCUCUUCAGCCAAGUCUUCUUCACCACUUCCAAUGUCUCCCACUUCUUCAUUACCGGUGGACAAUGAUGUAUUUGAUAAUAACCAACAAUGUGUACUUUCUUUUUCAGCCAUGAAACCUAGAACUCGACCUCUUAAACGACGCACUAGUGGUAAACGAGAAAGGAAAGCUCUUCAAGUUUGGCAUGAUUCUUUGGUGGAAUCUUUGAAAAAUGAACAAAAUGAUACAUCUUCUUCUUUGAAAGCAAGUAAUCGAUCAGCUUCAGCUCAAUCUUUGGGUCAACAAUUAUCUUUGUCCAACGAAAAACGAGAACGGAAUGCAUUGACAAGAAAAUUUAUCCUACGUGAAUUCUAUUUGACGGAAGUGACAUUUUGGAAUCAAUUGUACUACUCAAAAGUGAUGUUUGCCGAUGCCCUUCAAAGAGCAUUAGACGUACGUAGUCCUUUUACAAGAUUAUCUGAUAUGGAUCUUUUUGCGAAUUUACCCGAUUUGAUGCAGUGUUCUUCUCAUUUGAUUCGAUCCAUGUCUUCCUUUUUGGAAUAUCCUUCUCGUGCCGAACAACCUACAGACAACUAUGUCCCACCUUCUCCUAGUACAUCGAUUUCUUCUGGUAGUACAUUACCGAUCCAUCUCAACUCGGAUACUCGACUUUUACCAUCACCCAAUGACCAACUGAUGUUAGGCAAAGAAAUUUGUGCAAUGGCUCAUCAUUUUGUAGCAUUCUUACGAUGUGCUGUGGAUUACAAGAUGAAUCGAAAACAACUGGAUCAGAAAGAACACAACAAAGGCUUUGCAAGUUAUCAAGAAAAACUAGCCGCUCGCAAGGAAACCAAUCAAUUCCAUGUCCAUGAUUAUUUGAUCAUCCCCAUUCAACGCAUCACUCGCUAUGGCCUCUUGUUAUCUGAUCUGCAGAAACAUACUGAACAAUCUCAUCCGGAUUAUCAUCAUAUCACCCGUGCUCGUAUGAUCUUGACCUCGCUGGCCGUUGCCAUGAACAAAGCUCAACAUUAAUUAGAUUUUUUUUUU